GGUCUUGAUGCGCAAUGUGCACGCCACAGCAGAGCCUGCAGGAGGAAGCAGGAAGCUCCAGCAUAUAGAUUGUAGUGAAUAAUCGUGCCAAGCAAGCCCCCACCAGCACCAUCAUGGCGUGGCCGUGCAUCACGCGUGCUUGCUGUAUCAACCGUUUUUGGACCGAGCUGGACAAGGCGGACAUCGCGGUGCCUUUGGUUUUCACCAAAUACUCCGACGUGGCCGACGUGCACCACCUCCCCCAACGCCGGCAGCCGAGGCGGGCUGCGGAGAGCCAGCCGGAGGUCGCGAAGGCACCACCCGCCUCCACCGAGCCCCCUGCCGCAUCGGGCGAGGACGCAUCCGCCGCGUCCGUCACGCGCCAAGACUUCCAGGCGUGGAAGGUGCGCCCGGAGCCCAGCUGCAAGCCCAGGAACGAGUACCAACCCUCGGCCGCGUCGUUCAUCCCCGAGACCCAGUAUCAGAAGGACUACAAAGCCUGGCCCAUCCCCAAGAAGCGCGACCACCCCUGGAUCCCCAAAGCCGACCUCGCCCCUGCCGGCGGGGCGGGGAAGGUGGAGUCGGAGACCGGCGUGGAGAAGAGCGAGAUCGAGGAGAAGCUCCAGGAGAAGGAGGUGAAGGAGCCGGCCAGGAGGGACAAGUCGAGGGAGAGAAAAGAGGUGGAAGAGGCGCAGGUGUGCGCUGAUGUGCAGCAGAAGAAGAAAGGCAGGGCGGUCGCAGACGCGCUGAAUAGACACAUUAAGGAGACCAUGACUACUUCCAGCAGCUAUAGAACUGAAUUCAAGGCCUACAAGGAUGUGAAACCAGUGAAGCCGAUCAAGGCCACGUCCCAGUACAAACCCCCAGCAGAGAGGACCAGUCUGGAAACUAGCUACAGCGCCACCUACAGGGGGGAGCAGGGGAAGGCCCAGGCUGCUGACAACAAGCUGAUGGAGCGCAGGCGGAUACGCAGUCUGUACAGUGAGCCGGGCAAAGAACCCGCCAAGACCGACAAGCCAGCGUCUCGCACCAGGCCAAAAAAGAAAGCGACGACGACAUCGGGGAAGGCGGCGAAAAAGGCGAAAGAGAAGCAGCUUGCUGGUUCGGCCUCAGCCAAGAAGAAAGAAGCGGCUGCCGUGGCGUCCUCAGAACCUCCAGGGGAUGGAGGCGUCUCCAAGAAGAGCAAAGAGAUAAGCAAUAGACUGGCCGAGGCAAAACAGUAAAGAAAAAAAACUAAGAUAGCAUCGUGUUCUUUAUGCCUUUUUCUCAUUUAGUGUCUAUUAUUCCAGUGUGUGCGUGAAAGAGAGAGUGUGGGAUCAAAGCUGCUUUUUUUUAUUUUUAUUAUUGAGCACAUAAUUUGCACAUUAUUUAUUAUAGGAGUCAUCUUUACUCUAAACAUAAGAGCCUUUGCUGCGUGUACGAUACUAAAGGGCGUUUUUAUCUACAGAAUCACAUCCGAUAAUUGUAUAAACUCACUUUUUAGGUUUUUCUGGGUCUGUUUCACAGUCACAGUGCCUGGGCUGCAAGGUCCUGGUGUUGUUUUCCUCUUCGUUCUUCAGGGUGCACCCGCCGCGGAGUGUUUUUGCUGUGUGGGUGAUAUCCAGUUUCGUUUUGUUGCUAAGAAACCAAAUCAAUUUGAGCAUAAUUCCCUGCAGCUUGCAAGCCCCCCUCAUUUUUGGUUGAACAGCAAUACAAUAUUCUAGCAGGCUUACGCCAUCACAUUCUAGCUUGUAAAUUAAGCCUUUUUGGGUAUAAAUAUGUACUAUUUGAAAUGUAUGCAUGUGUAGUUAUUAGGUUCUGGUUGGCAGAUACCGGGUAGUUUAUAGUGGCUGAAAUAAACACACAGACCAGCUUGGUAGCUCCCACAAACACAUUUACUGUACACUAAUAAUGACAAUACUGUAUUAUUUUUCAAUGAUGACUCAACUUUUCCUUCGAGCUACUAACACUGAUGUCUAAAAAAUAGGAUAAUAUAAGUAAAUCCUUCUGUCAAAUCUAUCAAUUUGUUAACUUUGUUAUAUAAACAACCACAUUACUUGAAUGCAUCAUUACUGAACGUUUUGCGACAAUUGCGGUGCGUUCGAGGCUACCCGGAAAACAUUAUACCGUCCUUUUAAUGAUGACGCUGUCUCUCAAAGCUGCAAGAUUAAACACUGGAGUCUAAGUAUUAAAAGUUUUAAUUCAACGAGAAUAAACACACACACACUCAAAUUAUCUAUUUUUGUUUAAGUACCAUGAUUUCAACUGUGGUGCGUCCAACACUCCCCAUGAAUUGAUUAACGUGGACCCCGACUUAAACAAGUUGAAAAACUUAUUCGGGUGUUACCAUUUUGUGGUCAAUUGUACGGAAUAUGUACUGAACUGUGCAAUCUACUAAUAAAAGUAUCAAUCAAUCAAUUAAAGAAAAAAACAGUCCCGUCAUUAAUGAUGUUGGCUUCGAGCCCGCUGUGUUUUUCUCAAAGCUAUCAAAUAAAACAAUGGGAAACGAUUUUUUUUUUAAUUCUACUCUCCUCUUAUCACCUGAAUGUACCAUGAUUUCAACUGUGGUGCUUUUGUGACCACUCGGGAGUGCUUCAGAGUAACACAACUUUAAUGAUGAUGUUGGCUUCAAGCCCGUCGUAUUUUUCUCAAAGCUACAAGAUAAAACAAUGGAGUCUAAAUAUUACGAGGGAAAAGUUGUAAUUCAACGACAAUAAACACACUCAAAUGAUCUAUUUUUAUUUAAGUUCUACUAUCCUCAUCACCGGAAUGUACCACGAUUUCAACUGUGGUGCGUUCACGACUACUCGGGAAUGCUUCAGAGUAACACAACUUGGCGACAACGGGCUAACAUUUUAACAUAUAUGUGGCAGAUAAUUUGACUGUGGUUAUGCGUGUGCGUGUUUGUAUUCAUAACUGACCUCUGCAGCUUGCUGCCCACUAUAGAAUGGAGUCCAUUAUACCAUCACCGCAACAAAGUGCCACAAAUCCCACUCCCACUUCCUGGUGCUGAAGGCCAACAUCUUUUGUCGUGGUCUGCUUAAUAGGUUGUGUUGUUCUCUUGCUCACCGACAGAGGACGCUAAUGAGACAUUAAAGACAAAUUACUGCUGAGGUGUUGUGAUUUUUAUUUUUUGUGUGCUGGUUUGGAAGAACUCAGAUUAAAAACAACAAACACGUGAAUGUCAA